UCCGUGGCCAUGCUGUGCCGCGCGCUGCUCCGCCGCGCUGUCGCGCCCGCCCGUCGGUCCUCAGCGCUUCCCCUGCAUCAUCUCUUGGAGAGCUACCAGUGCAGCCAAGAAGAUGACCACCUGUCUUACGGGGAAACGGGAACGCCGGUCCCUCCUUUCGGCUGCGCUUUUUCUACAGCCCCAAAUUUGGAGCACGUCCUGGCAGUUGCAAAUGAAGAAGGGUUUGUUAGACUGUAUGAUACUGAAGCACAGACCACCAGCAAGCUCAUCUUUAAGGAAUGGCAGGCUCACUCAAAUGCUGUAUUUGACCUUGCCUGGGUGCCAGGGGAACACAGGAUUGUCACUGCUUCAGGAGAUCAGACAGCCAAGGUGUGGGAUGUGAGAGCUGGCGAGCUUCUUGGCAUAUGCAAAGGUCACCAGUGUAGCCUCAAGUCAGUUGCCUUUUCUAGAUUUGAGAAAGCUGUUUUCUGUACUGGAGGGAGAGAUGGAAACAUCCUGGUUUGGGAUACCAGGUGCAACAAGAAAGAUGGCUUUUACAGGCAGGUGAAUCAAAUCAGUGGAGCACACAACAUGGCUGACAGGCAGACUCCUUCCAAACCAAAGAAGAGGCAGAACCUGAGAGGACUUGCUCCCUUGGUGGAUUUCCAGCAGAGUGUAACUGUGGUGCUGCUUCAGGAUGAGCAUACUCUUAUCUCUGCAGGAGCUGUUGAUGGUGUGAUCAAAGUGUGGGACUUGCGCAGAAACUAUGCUGCUUUCCGUCAGGACCCGCUGCCCGUCAGGUCCUUCUGCUACCCUGGAACCAGCACUCGCAAGCUUGGAUAUUCUAGCCUGGUUUUGGAUUCCACUGGUGCUAAUCUGUUUGCUAACUGCACUGAUGACAAUAUCUACAUGUUCAAUAUGACAAGUUUAAGGACCACUCCAGUGGCAGUUUUCAGUGGACACCGGAAUUCAACCUUUUACAUCAAAUCCAGCACCAGCCCAGAUGACCAGUUCCUGCUCAGUGGCUCAAGUGACUGCAACGUGUACAUCUGGAAGGUUUCUGAGCCCAGCCUUCCUCCAUGGAUACUCCUUGGUCACUCUCAGGAAGUUACCUCCAUUGCUUGGUGCCCUUCAGACUUCACUAAGAUUGCUACAUGCUCUGAUGACAACACUGUGAGGAUUUGGCGUUUACAACGUUGUCCUGAGGAAGAGAAAUCAGGAUCAAGGAAAGCCAACUUGGUGGGCUGGGUCACUCAGAAGAAACCAAAACAACAACAUGGAGCAGGGCCACCAGCCAGCCCACAAAGCACUCUUGCCAAGGCCCUGGCAGCGGGCAGCGUGCGCAUUUCCUCACCACAGCCUGCUGCCUGUUCUCCCAUUCAUUCCGGAGACCUUCCGCUGCCCACCAACACGGCGACUGCCGCUCUCAAAACUCCGACCACCAGAGCCUCCACCCCAGCCAAGCCACGUGGAACCAGCCCCUGUGCGUCCCCCAAGCUGAUCCCUUCCUCCAAAAUGUCCAUCAAAUACUGGGUUACAAAGACUCCGUGCUCUUCUCCUCCAGAAGUGGAGAAAAAGGCUCCUUCUCCUAGAAAAGCCCUGGCAGAAGUCUCUCAAGUCACCCAGGAUCUCCUGGAAGCUGCUUGCCCUCCUCAAGUCCUACACUCACAAUUUGAAACUCGUGCCAAGAGAAGGCUUGACUGCAGCAAGGACGCUGAUGCAGGGCAGAAGUGUCCGCAGGGCUGUAGCUGUGUGACUGAACUGGACAAUGCAGAUAAGAAAUCCAAUCUGAAUUUAUGUCACUUGGUUCCAGACCAAAAAGCUUCUGAUGAAGAUUCUCUCAGCCUGGCUGACUUGUGUAACGACCAUGAAGGCUCCAGCCACAGCCCAAAAGAGCCUUCCCUUUCUGGAAGCCAUACUAAUCCAUCAGGCAUUCAAACUUCCGCCCGUCUUUGCAGAUCUCCACGUGGGCAAGACACUGAGGUAGUAGAUAAAGAGAACAGUUCUCCUGAAAGAAAAAAUUGGUUGUCUGCUCUGGGAGCGAAGCUACAGAUUGGCAGAGCUGGCAGCCAGAGCACAUCAAACAGCCCCCUGUCAUCCUGCAGUCCUGGUGCCAAAAGACAGGCCACUUCACCGAAAACUGUAAGUAGGCUACUUGUUUCCGUGAGGAAGAUCUGCACAUACUUCCACAGAAAGACACAGAAUGACUGA